GUUAUCUUCGAGCUACUGUUCGCCGCAAACCUGUCGACUCCAACACUUAGCCUCGCCCUCUCACCCCCUUCAGGAUUAGCCAACAAUCAAUUCAUGAAUAUACGUGUCGUCAGGCCGAAAACAUAUAAAUCGAAGACGAAAACCGGGUGGAACCAUUGCUCAAUCACUCAUCGACACUCCAUUCCAUCCGUCUACGUUCGCACACUCUCACUCACUAUGACUUUGUUUAUAACCUGGCUUCUUUUCAUUCAAAUAGUACUCUCAAACCCCCUUUGCUGACAGUUGGCACAGAGACAUCCCCACUACAUCCGAGAUGGAUCAUCCGGUCCCACGCGCAAAUCACGUCUUCUACACCGUCUAUCCGAGUCACCCCGAUGACCUAACCGAGCUGUCCGAAACUAAAUCAUUCCUGCAGUCGCUGUUAGACGAAGAUAUCCUCGACAACCGAACCAUCGAAGAACUCGUCUCAUGGAGGGUGGCACUGAAGGAGGGCGUCUCACCAGACGAGCUCAAGCAUCGCAAAGGCAUUCGACUGUUUGAGCCUGAAGACGCGCCACUUAGUUAUCGAUCAACCGAAGCGCGUGUUUACGCGGAAUCCAAAGCAUGGAUAGUAUGGGCUAAAGACCUGAACGACGUAGAACAAGUCAACAAGGCGCGGGAAUGGCUGGACUCUAAAGUGAAGGACAAAAGUAGGAUAAGGGAGAGGAAAGAGAUUUCGAGAAGAGGACUCAAGAGAGAAGAUCGGAAAGUCAGAGGAUGGCGAGACGUAUUUCUGGAUGGGGAGGGAGUCAAAGAGGCUAAGGAACGCCCAGACAUUGCGGAUAUUGCGGAGAAUAGUGAAUUGAUCAGUGAUAGUAGGGUUCAGCAACAAACUCUCAAGCACUUGAGCAGAUUAACACUCGCACCGCCACUGUAAAACGCGCAAACGCUGAAUGGGCGUAGCAGGA